AUGACGGAGCGUGGCAGUCGGGCGUUUGAGCACCUGAGGACGUGGUGGGUCCAGCAUGUGUGUCCUUGCUAUACAAAGCGCUACGGUGUGCAAAUGCUCUCCUCUUGUACUCGCGACAAGGCCAUGACCACCUUCCGAGGCAUCUGUACCCACGAAUGUUUGCGAUGUGCGGUAGCCGAAUUCCUCGCCAUGCUGAUCUUCGUCCUCCUCGGUGUGGGUUCCACCAUCAACUGGGGGGCUGGAGAUGAGCAGCCACGCCCCCCUGACCAGGUGCUCGUCUCUCUGUGCUUUGGCCUGUGCGUUGUUACCAUGGUCCACAGCUUCGGCCACGUCAGCGGUGCACACAUCAACCCAGCUGUCACAGCAGCCAUGCUGGUCACCAAGAAGCUGAGUUUGACCAAGGCUGUCUCCUACCUGAUGGCCCAGUGCCUUGGGGCGACAGCGGGAGCUGCCCUCCUUUAUGGUAUCACUCCACGUUCCGUCAGGGGUGGCAUGGGGGUCACCAUGGUAAACAACACUAUAUCUGUGGGCCGUGCUCUGGUGGUAGAAAUCUUCAUCACUUUCCAGCUGGUCCUUACUGUGUUUGCCAGCUGUGACCCCAAACGCAAUGCCCUGAAUGGUUCAUCUUCUCUGGCUAUUGGCCUGUCUGUAUGUUGUGGCCAUCUGUUUGCAAUGCCCUACACUGGAGCAAGCAUGAACCCAGCUCGUUCCUUUGGACCUGCCAUCGUGACGUGGACCUGGGAAAACCACUGGGUGUUCUGGGUAGGUCCAGUGCUGGGUGGGGUAGUGGCAGCAAUCCUGUAUGAGAACCUUGUGUCUCCAGCUCCAGAGCUGAAGAAGCGCUACUCUGAAGCCUUCUACAGGACUCCUCUCUCCUCCACCAAGUACCUGGAGGUCCAGGCUUCUACACUUAACGCUGAACACAACCAGCUCAUCAAAGAGCCACUCUUCACGGUCAUGGACCUGGAAAGGUCUGAAGGGAGGGAAAGGAAGAUGUCCACUGAGGCACUCUCCUCUGUUUGA